GUGCAGCGAACGUGAGCCGAACGGCAACCAUCUUUGUGAAAAAUACCUACGAGACUGGAGAGGAGUUGGUGUAGGAAUUAAUUAUUUCUGCGGCAUAUUAAAAGUUAAAAAAUAAAAAAAAAUAACGAUGAUUUCUGCUCGCUUGGCGUCGUCGGUCGCACGCAACUUGCCCAAGGCGGCCACACAGGUUGCCUGCAAGGCUGCGUACCCAGCUGCUACUCUCGCUGCCCGUAAGUUCCAUGUUGCCAGCACACAGCGCAGCGCGGAGAUCUCCAACAUUCUGGAGGAGAGAAUCCUGGGCGUUGCACCCAAGGCCGAUUUGGAGGAAACUGGCCGUGUGCUCAGCAUUGGUGACGGUAUUGCUCGUGUCUAUGGCUUGAACAACAUCCAAGCCGAUGAGAUGGUGGAAUUCUCCUCGGGCCUCAAGGGCAUGGCCCUCAAUUUGGAGCCCGACAACGUCGGUGUUGUCGUCUUCGGUAACGACAAGCUGAUCAAGCAGGGCGAUAUUGUCAAGCGUACCGGCGCUAUUGUCGACGUUCCCGUCGGUGAUGAGCUGCUCGGCCGUGUUGUCGAUGCUCUGGGUAAUGCCAUUGACGGCAAGGGCGCCAUCAACACCAAGGAUCGUUUCCGUGUCGGUAUCAAGGCCCCCGGCAUCAUUCCCCGUGUGUCUGUGCGCGAGCCUAUGCAGACUGGUAUCAAGGCCGUCGAUUCUCUUGUGCCCAUCGGUCGUGGUCAGCGUGAGUUGAUCAUUGGUGACAGACAGACUGGUAAGACCGCUCUGGCUAUAGAUACCAUCAUCAACCAGAAGCGUUUCAACGAGGGUCAGGAUGAGUCGAAGAAACUGUACUGCAUCUACGUCGCUAUUGGCCAGAAGCGUUCCACCGUCGCCCAGAUUGUCAAGCGUCUGACCGACUCCGGUGCCAUGGGUUACUCCGUCAUUGUGUCGGCCACCGCCUCCGAUGCCGCUCCCCUGCAGUAUUUGGCUCCCUACUCUGGCUGCGCCAUGGGUGAAUACUUCCGCGACAAGGGCAAGCACGCCCUGAUCAUCUACGAUGAUUUGUCCAAACAGGCUGUCGCCUACCGUCAAAUGUCCCUGCUGCUGCGUCGUCCCCCAGGUCGUGAGGCCUACCCCGGUGAUGUGUUCUACCUGCAUUCGCGUCUGUUGGAGCGUGCCGCUAAGAUGUCCCCAGCCAUGGGUGGCGGUUCAUUGACUGCCCUGCCCGUGAUUGAGACCCAGGCCGGUGAUGUGUCCGCCUACAUUCCAACCAACGUCAUUUCGAUCACUGACGGUCAGAUCUUCUUGGAAACCGAGUUGUUCUACAAGGGUAUCCGUCCCGCCAUCAACGUGGGUCUCUCUGUGUCCCGUGUGGGUUCCGCUGCCCAGACCAAGGCCAUGAAGCAGGUCGCCGGUUCCAUGAAGCUGGAGUUGGCCCAGUACCGUGAGGUCGCCGCCUUCGCCCAGUUCGGUUCCGAUCUGGAUGCCGCCACCCAGCAGCUGCUGAACCGUGGUGUGCGCCUUACUGAGCUGCUCAAGCAGGGACAGUAUGUGCCCAUGUCCAUUGAGGAUCAGGUUGCUGUCAUCUACUGCGGUGUGCGCGGUCACUUGGACAAGAUGGAUCCCGCCAAGAUCACCAAGUUCGAGAAGGAAUUCUUGCAGCACAUCAAGACCACCGAGCAGGGUCUCCUGGAUACCAUUGCCAAGGAGGGUCAAAUCUCCCAGGCUGCUGAUGCCAAGCUGAAGGAUGUGGUCACCAAAUUCAUGUCCACCUUCCAGGGUUAAACAGCUAAGCAACAGUUCUACGAGCAGCAGCAGUUAUAUCAUAGAUAUUGGGGCAAGCAAAUAAAAAAUAGAUUGCAAUUAUUAUAAGCCGAAAUCAACGUUAAUUAAUAAUAAUGGAAACUGCCCGAACGCUGCGCGUUGAUGAAGCAACAACCACAUCAACUAAAAACAAAACAAUUACAACAACAAGAAAACUACACCCUAAGAAAAUAUAAACAAAAACAUUAUAAAAACUCAAGAAAACUUACUUUGCGCAUUCAUGUUUUCCUUCGCUGUGCGGCUCCGUGUCUCGUCCUUGCCACACACACAAACUGGGAGAGAGAGACGAAGAGAGAGAAAGCGGGACGUACACGGAACCUGCAGCGAGGAUCUACUUCGAAUUUCAGCACUAGUCGAGUCUAAAGAAACCGUACUUCUGUUGUUCUAGCCUAAACUAUAAUCAAUAUUUGUAAUAUUGUAAUCGAGAAUAGUCGAAAAAUACCCGUUUGUGGAUGAUUGUGAAACGAUGAAAAUAAAAACGAUACUAAUUAUACACUUA